GGCAAGCGAGGAGGGGGGGGAGAGACAGAGCAAUUCCAGCUCAGUAUCUUUCCUCAUGAGGUAGGCUGUGCUUGACUAGCACCAGCAGCAGCAUCAACUUCCCCUCCCCGAACCUCCCCCCCCAACGAUGCCUUUUUUUUCUUUUCCUUUUUCUUUUUUCUUUCUCACACUGAGCAAUAUUGGUAACGCCGUCCGUUGCCACUGCAACAAUGUCUCGCCUGUGCGUGGGGCGUGCGGCGUCUGAGCAGAGUUGAGAGGAAAAAAGCGGAGAGGAAAUCUGUGCCUGGUUUUCCGUCAUCUGGAUGGGAAGUGCUUUUUGUCAGGGGAGACAGAGAGAGAAGAAAGCGGAAGGCAAGCCGGGGAAGGGGAACAACUGGCACCAGCCAAUCCCCCCCCGUCCACUCUCAGACUGGAGACGUCGGAGGCCACCGGAAGUGGCAGACGUAAGAAAAGCAAGAUUCUCCGAGCAUCUUUUAGGAAGAAAAGUGACGCCGGUCCAGUGGAGUGCAAUUACCUCAACAUUGAUGCUUUGCUCCCUUGACCGUCUGAGGAUUUUACCUAAAACGGCUGCAAGUUGUUUCCUCCCUCAGUCUGAGGCUAUGAAAGGGAGAGAGGAGUCCCAGGCCGCACCACCAUGCUACUUCUGAGAAGCUGGGAUGAGACUUUGGCUGGCAAAACACGAGGUAUUUCUCUCCCACUCCUACAUUAUGCCUCUUCGUGGACGCUGCAGCUCCUCCCUUCCUCACCAACAUGCUGGGGCUCACUUCUCCCCCCGAAUGGUUGCUCAGGUGCAACAUGGGGCUCGGACCCUUCAUCCACCUCCACCUCCAUCGGUUCACCGCACCACCGGCACGUCUUUAUGCCUGCCUCUCCUUUUUCUGCUGCUCUGUCUUCUCCACCUACCCCCAGCCUGUCACUCACGGAGAGAAAAGGGUGGAGGAGGCGGUGGCGGCCAUUACAUGCCCAUCCCACAGCCCCCUCCGCACCACAUGGCCCUGCCUAACAUCCUGCGGGGCCUAAGCAUUGCUGUUGUACUGGUGGGGAACUCCAGCGAGGUGGCAUUGGCAGGGGCCAGAGAGAAGGAGGACUUUCUCCACAUAGCUCCGAACGUGGAGGUGCUGACCAUGAAUGAAACGGACCCCAAAAGCAUUAUAAAGAGCAUCUGUGACCUGAUGACAGAGCACUGGCUGCAGGGUGUCGUCUUUGGGGACGACACAGACCAGGAAGCCAUCGCUCAGAUCCUGGACUUCAUUUCAGCCCAAACCCACAUUCCCAUCCUUGGAGUACGUGGAGGCUCUUCAAUGAUCAUGGCCGCCAAGGACGACAACUCCAUGUUCUUUCAGUUUGGCCCCUCUAUCGAGCAGCAGGCUUCUGUCAUCCUGAACAUCAUGGAGGAGUACGACUGGUACAUCUUCUCCAUCGUCACAACAUACUACCCCGGCUACCAGGACUUCGUCACCAAGAUCCGAAACACCAUUGAGAACAGCUUCGUCGGCUGGGAGUUGGAGGAAGUUCUCCUGCUUGACAUGUCCGUGGACGACGGUGAUUCAAAGAUCCAGAACCAGCUAAAGAAACUCCAGAGUCCCGUGAUUCUUCUCUACUGCACAAAAGAGGAGGCCAACACCAUCUUCGAGGUGGCCCACUCCGUAGGGAUCACCGGCUACGGUUACACGUGGAUCGUCCCUUCGCUGGUCGCUGGAGACACUGUCGUAGUGCCUGCAGAGUUUCCCACAGGUCUGCUCUCCGUAUCCUACGACGAGUGGGACUACGGUCUGGAAGCCCGUGUUCGGGACGGUGUGGCGAUCAUCACCAUGGCGACGUCCACCAUGAUGAUGGACCGUGGACCUCACACCCUGCUGAAAUCUGAAUGCCAUGGAGCGCCGGAAAAGAAGACCCCAAUCUCAGGCAACCCCAAUGAAGUCCUCAGGUACCUGAUGAAUGUGACAUUUGAGGGGCGCAAUCUGUCGUUCAGCGAAGAUGGGUACCAGAUGCACCCCAAGCUUGUCAUUAUUUUGCUCAACAAAGAGAGACAGUGGGACCGGGUGGGUAAAUGGGAGAACGGCUCCUUGUCCAUGAAGUACCAUGUGUGGCCUCGCUACGAGCUGUAUGGUGGGGCGGCAACCAGGGAAGACGACCACCUGUCCAUCGUGACGCUGGAAGAGGCUCCGUUCGUCAUCGUGGAGGACGUGGACCCGCUGAGUGGGACCUGCAUGAGGAAUACCGUCCCCUGCAGAAAACAGAUCAAAACGCUCAAUCAGACCAAGGAGUCGGGGAUCUACAUCAAGCGUUGCUGUAAGGGCUUCUGCAUCGACAUCCUGAAGAAGAUCGCCAAGUCGGUCAAGUUUACGUACGACCUGUACCUGGUCACGAACGGGAAGCAUGGCAAAAAGAUCAACGGGACCUGGAACGGCAUGGUGGGAGAGGUUGUGUUAAAAAAUGCCCACAUGGCUGUCGGAUCCCUAACCAUCAACGAGGAGAGGUCAGAGGUCAUCGAUUUUUCUGUUCCCUUCAUUGAAACCGGAAUUAGCGUCAUGGUUUCCCGCAGUAACGGCACCGUUUCACCUUCCGCAUUUCUAGAGCCCUUUAGUGCAGAUGUGUGGGUGAUGAUGUUCGUGAUGCUGCUGCUGGUGUCAGCAGUGGCUGUGUUCGUGUUCGAGUACAUCAGCCCUGUGGGCUACAACCGCUGUCUGGCUGAUGGCAGAGAGCCUCACGGCCCGUCUUUCACCAUCGGUAAGGCCAUCUGGCUGCUUUGGGGUCUCGUCUUCAACAACUCCGUGCCAGUCCAGAACCCCAAAGGCACCACCAGUAAAAUCAUGGUGUCAGUGUGGGCCUUCUUCGCUGUCAUUUUCCUGGCCUCGUACACUGCCAACCUGGCUGCUUUCAUGAUCCAAGAGGAAUAUGUGGAUCAAGUCACGGGUCUCUCGGACAAGAAGUUCCAGAGUCCCAAUAAAUUCUCUCCUCCGUUCCGGUUUGGCACGGUCCCGAACGGGAGCACGGAGAGAAACAUCAGGAACAACUAUCCAGAGAUGCACACCUACAUGACCGCGUUCCAUCAGAGGAAUGUCAACGAAGCUCUGCAGAGUCUGAAGGCCGGCAAACUGGAUGCUUUCAUUUACGACGCCGCCGUCCUGAACUACAUGGCUGGCAGGGACGAGGGCUGCAAGCUGGUGACCAUAGGCAGCGGCUACAUCUUCGCCACCACGGGAUACGGCAUCGCCAUCCAGAAGGAGUCUGGGUGGAAGAGACACGUGGACCUGGCCAUCCUGCAGCUUUUCGGCGACGGUGAGAUGGAGGAGCUGGAGUCCCUGUGGCUGACGGGGAUCUGCCACCACGAGAAGAACGAGGUGAUGUCCAGCCAGCUGGACGUGGACAACAUGGCCGGGGUCUUCUACAUGCUGGGCGCCGCCAUGGCUCUGUCCCUCAUCACCUUCAUCUGCGAGCACUGGUUCUACUGGCAGCUGCGCUUCUGCUUCAUGGGCGUCUGCUCCGGCCAGCCCGGCUUCGUCUUCAGCGUCAGCAGGGGAAUAUACAGCUGCAUACAUGGGGUCCAAAUCGAAGAGAAGAGCAGCUCUGCAUUGAACUCCCCGUCAGCCACCAUGAACAACACCCAUUCAAACAUCAUGCGCCUGCUACGCACUGCCAAGAAUAUGGCCUCCCUGUCAGGGGUGAACGGCUCGCCGCACAGUGCCCUGGACUUCAUCCGUCGAGACUCUUCUGUUUAUGACAUCUCUGAGCAUCGCCGCAGCUUGGCUGGCCAUUCCGACUGCAAACCUCCUUACAUGCCUGAAGACAACAUGUUUAGUGACUACAUCAGUGAAGUGGAGAGGACAUUUGGCAACCUUCAUCUCAAGGACAGUAAUUUGUACCAGGAUCACUAUCUACACCACCAUGGUUCAACCCCAGGGCUCACUGGUCCUCCUCCCAACAGACCCCACAGUUUGGGCAGUGCUAGUUCUCUGGAGGGUGGCAUGUUUGACUGUGACAGCCUGGGUGGGGGAGUGGCUCCCAUCUUCACCACCCAACCUUGCUCAGCUCUGACCCACAGGAACAUGAGCAAGUUUGACCUGUUGUCCGGACAGACUCCUCCCUCAGGCCAGAGCUUUAAGGGAGGACUGCCUGACGUCUACGGGAAGUUCUCCUUUAAAGGUGGUGCCUCAAGCUCCACUUACAUUCCGGGACCUAGCUACUGUGGGGGGAGAGGAGACGAUGAUGGAAAUAUACGUUCAGAUGUUUCAGACAUUUCCACACACACUGUAACGUACGGGAACUUGGAGGGUAAUGCCAAGAAGCGCAAACAGUACCGAGACAGCUUAAAAAAGAGGCCGGCCUCUGCAAAGUCCAGACGGGAACUGGAUGAAAUUGAGCUGGGUUACAGGAGGAAACCCUACCACAUCAGCCACCACCACUACCACAGCCAACGCUCUGUCUCCCCGCCACUAUUGCCCUCUGAACGUAAGCGAGGGGGUGGAGGAGGAAACAACAAUGGGAACUCUUACCUCUUCAGGGAAAAGGAGAGUGUUCGGGACUUUUAUCUCGACCAAUUUCGUCCCAAAGAGGGAGUCCCUCAGUGGGAGCAUGUGGACUUGACGGAGGGCCCUGGAAACAGAGAUGGAGGAGUGCCAACAUGCACCUCCUUGGUGCCAGUUGAAGACUUUCUGAAAAGCAAACCCAAAAAGUCUGACUCAAAGGGUGGACCAGGGUCUGGAUUGGCAGGCGGAGAAUGGGAGUGCAGGAACUGUCGAGCUAGUGGGGGCAAGCAGAUAUCCAUUCAUGGAGGAGGUGGUGGGUAUUCAAGUGGUAUGGGCUGUGGGUCCUCAGCUGGUGGCAGCCGCCCUAGCUCUGCAACCUGCAUGCGUUGUGAGGGUUGUAAAAAGACAGGAAACCUUUACGAUAUCAGUGAGGACAAUAACCACCCCUUGGAACAAAUGGGGGGAGGGAAAGGCGGGGGAGGAGUGGGAUGUAUGGCCGCAGGCCCUCAGGCUCAAUCUCAGGCCCAGCAGAGGAGAAAAAGUGGAGGAUUUGGGAAGCAGCUAAGGCGUCAACAUUCGUACGACACAUUUGUUGACCUUCAGAAAGAGGAAUCAGGUGGAAUGGGAAGUCUGAUGGGAGGCUUAGGGGGAGGCAUGGGAGGACCUGGGAUGGGAGGAAUGCUGCCCCCACCAAGGAGUGUUAGUUUGAAGGAGAAAGAACGCUACAUGGAAGAAAACAGCCCCUUUGCACACAUAUUUGAACGCCAUGGGGGCUCAGAAAGGGAAAGGGAAAGGGACAGAGACCCAUUGUUUUAUGGGGGUGAGAGCCAAAAAGGCUCUGGUUCCCCAUUCGGACUGUUCAGAGGUGGUGAGGGCCUCCACCGCCGCUCCAUUGGAGAGAGAGACAUGAGAGACAGAUCUUUGAUGGAAGGGGGAGGUGGGGCAGCAUUCUCUUUAUCCAAAUCUCUUUACCCUGACCGGGUAAACCAAAACCCCUUUAUACCCACCUUCGGCGAUGACCAGUGUCUGAUGCAUGGAGCCAAACAAUAUUACCUGACAAAGCAACAGCAGCAGCAACAACAAGUUGCCCAGAACAGCAGAGGUGACUUCAGGAGUCAAUUGAGUGCAACGUCAUAUCUGCCAGCAUCUGCCACAGCUGGGGUGAUGCCCAAUGUGCCCCCCCGGUUCCCAAAAGAGCUCAGCCUGGGUGGGAUGAACCAUCACGGGUCUAUGUUGGCAGUCGGACCCCCACGUCCCUUCAAUGGAAGCAAUGGCCAUGUGUACGAGAAACUCUCUAGCAUUGAGUCUGACGUGUAAGAGACAAAGAGGAAGAAGGAGGAGAGCAACAGAGGUUCAAAGUGUUUGGAGAUUAGGGGUAUUUCUUAGAACUAUAUAGACACAAAACAGCUUGAGUUCAUGGGGACACAAAGAGAUGACUGAACGAGGUGUCAAAUGAGUGGCAGAGGCAAAACAGGUAGAGACUGUUGUGCAAGAUAGAGAAUGAAGAUGGGAAUAAAAAAAUCAGGACAUCCUUAGGGGGUAAAGGAUGCUAAACCUCUCAAAAUGGCCAAAGCUACUCUACUUUUACAUCCACAUACAAUCAGUCAACAUUGUCUUUAAUCCCACAAAAGCUCUACACUUCAACAAGUUCCAUCCUCAUAGCCACCAGUGUGCUAGAAGUCACUGUGCGUGAUUGAUAUCUUGACAAAGCAUCACCUUGUUUUAGUUUUCUACAGGGGCCACAGUUUGAGGGCUCCUGUUGGGGCCUUGUGAGGAACCACAGCAAGAGCGGCAACGGGAGAGAACUGCCCAUGUGCCCCUGUGACAAUUUAGAAAUUAGAUGUCGUCACAUUCGCUAGAGCCACAACACAGCCUGUCUUGGAGAUCUCUCCCUGAACCCUUGCCCACUCCUCUUCUUCUCUGCCCCCGCUUCUCCUCCAUAUCUUUGACACCUAAAGAGCUGUUUGCUGAUGAGAAAUACAAUCAUGAAUGAUAAUAAGAUAUUCUUAUAGAAAAACAGGGUAUAAAAACAACAAUAACGUUGUGAAUAACAAAGACAUUCAUGCUGUUUAUGGUAACUUUGCUUGUGAGACCAGACAUUUUGUUUUGUAUUCUGUUGGUAUAGUAUUUGACUAUUCUCUAAGUAUCUGUAGUAGUUGUGUUCCAUUUGCUCCUGGUGAUGCCAGGAAGAUUGUUCUUGGUUCAACCAACAAGCCAGAAAGACUGAGUCUUUUACUCCUGUGUUUUCUUCUGAUUUCUGUAGAAUAUUUUACUCCAUGACCAUUAGUGUAUCUGCUCCAGGAUUUCAAAGACACAUUUGGAGCUGGGAAAUUCUUGAUAUUUUAAGACAUUCCUAAUAAUCAAGCACGCACAUGCUUAAAAACACACACAGUUUCUUUUGUUUUUCUUCAGUUUUUUGUCAGUCUGAACUCGUGUUACUGUGAAGAACGUUUUCACCAGAAGCUACUGAGAGGAAGGACGUGCCUUAAAGGUCUCCAGUGGAAGUGUCCUCCAGUUCACACGCAGCUGCACCAGAACAGACCAGCGCUCAUUCAGGCUGCCCAGUGUUGCCAUCACAUGAGCCAAGCCCGCUGUAGAAAUUCGACAGCAGGCUGCAGAUGAUGAUGGUGUCCAUACAAGACGCUGUUUGAGAUCUUUUAUACCUUCGUAAAAAUAUUUCAUAUGUCAGGUAUGGAUGGUGUUUUAUGAACCAGUCGUAAUCAGGAUGUCCCACUGUUACUAAUAAGCUGAUGUGUCAGUUCAUAGCAACGGAAGCCUACAGACCACCUGUUUAAUCCAUCCUACACAACACCUGUCACUUGGUUCUUGCUAGCAUUACUUCACAUCACACCAACAGUCUGAAAGGCUCGCACAGAAAUCUUUGCUUGGACAUUGUGUAAAACCAACAUUAUGCACUGUCACUUAUGCAGACCUGCUACAACAAAGUUGUAGAAGAAGCUGAUAAAAGGCAGGGUUGAGGAACUGGCUAGGCAACGGGAAGGCAGCUGUCUUGUGAAAGAUUGUUUUUUCUUUUUUACUCAGACUGUUGUAGAUAGUCUUUAGCUAAAGAGGCCUCAUUUAUUGCACAGGACAUUUUACUCAGUGUAGGUUCAGGCACUCAGUAGACAUGCCUUACGAUCCCUCUCCCCCAAGUUGAUGACUCAUCAUGUACAGACUUCAGAGGCUUCUAUUAGUUAUUUGAAGGUCCGAUCUAUGAUUGGUUGGUGUCACAAGUUCAAGGGCUGAGAGAUAUCAUACAGGAGUACUGGCCACAGAGAGGACCUACCGGACUGUGUGUUAAAUGAUUUUUGUAAUUAUGUCACACCCCAAUAUUAUAGCACUCAUGCAAUAGAUUGAUAUGUGUGUUUGUGCGUUUGAAGAGAAGCAGACCAUUAUUCAACAGUAAGUGGUUUUUUUCCCCCUAAUCACGCUGUUAAAUAUUCAUUACUUCAACAGCCUGUACUCCCUAACUCUUCGGAUAACACUGAGACUGAUCGAGUUAGCCUUAAAUAAGAUGCACCCUCCCUCCCACACACACACCCCAAGACACUCCUAAUAAAUAACUUGGGAUCUCUGGAAUUUUUAUACACAUUUUGAAAGUUCAGGUGAACCAAACUCGGCAAAGAGGAAGAAGGGUUUGACGCAGAAAUAAAUGGCUAGUUAAGAUUUUUGAAGUGAGGUUCUGUGAUGUUAUCAAGAGUAGUUUCUUUAGCUGUACUAGAAAGAUCCGUUAUUUCAGUGAGUUAAGUAGAAAAGUGAAAACGUUGUUAUACAUCAAUCACACUAUAGAGUUUCAACAAAGUCUUCCUGCAGAUUUGACAGUAUAGCUGCUAGUUUCAUCACCAGUUAAACCAGAUUGCAUAGCCUAUUUUCAACAUACGGAAAAAAUCAUGGCAUGAGCCUUUACAGCUAAAGACGCCAUAAACUGCACACUUAUGCGCCACUGCUACAAAAGGAAUGUAGGUGCUGCAAAAAUGCCGCAGCAAUGAUCCGACAAUAACAUUAGUCAAUUUCACGCGACACCAUGCAAAGGCUCUGUUUGCUUGGAAAAUUCACUCGCGCUAAAUACUUGGAGUGGCUCCAACAGAUGGGCAGUCUGACCUACUUUUUGAUUAUUUCAGCUUGGGAUUGUUUAACCUCUUGGGGGCGCACUUAGAUUUAUAGAGCAUUCAAUUUUAAGCCCAAUAUGGUCAGACAAAAAGAAGGUGAUGACACAGUAUAUUAAUAUACUCUAUCCCAAUAUAGGACGCCGUGCAUUUUGCCCCAGUACACAUCUAUUUUGCAAACCAGUGGUGUUUUAAACAUAAAAUGUGUUUAUUUAAUCUGCGUUAGACACAUGUAACAUACAUUUCUUUUGAUAAACCAACAUAAUAGCAGAUUUAAUUAGUGGAAGACUAGCUGCAAAUAAUAUGCAGUUACAUUGGUUGCAUGUUAUUUGGCUGAGAAAACAACAACAGCUCCUGCACAAACAGGUAAGAUCUGCUAAUCUAGUGUUUUGUUUUAUUUAUUGGAAAGCUUUCUAGACAUGUUUCAGGCUGAAAUCAGAUAAUUUCUUAACCUUUCUAUAAACCGACUGCAACAUGACAUUUUUCUGUCACGGCUAGGGCAGCUAUCACUAGUAAUAACUUUAGAGAGCCUCACUUCAAAAACUCAGAACUGCCCCUUUAAGAACCUGAGAGACUUUGGUUUGGGCAUCAGUGUCAGCAUUAGUAUGUUCGAUCUUUUUCAUGUAAAUAAAUAUAUAUUUAAGAAUCUUUUCACUUUGUACAGUAAACAGACAGACAGGAUGUAACUUUCAGUAUGUUUUACAAUUUAAGAAAUAAAACUGUGAUAAAAACUCAUAAAAUAAAAAAAAUAUGAAUAAAAAUAUGCAAAAUAUAGAAUAAGACACAAAUAUUACUAAUCAUAAGUGAUAUAAUUGAACCUUUUUUCUUUUUCUUUAAAUCUCAUGUUUACUUGAUUAUAAUAGUUUUACCAAUACGGAUUAUGUUAAGAGUUCUGAAAUUUUUUUCUUCUUAUUUUCUCUAAAUUGUUGCAAACUGAGGAUAAUUUACUGUAGGUGUAGACGUUUAGUGAUUAAAAAGGGAAAACUUAGUUUUAGGAGUCUAUGUUAAGUUUCCCUUGGAUUGUGUUAGACUAUCUUUUUAAGAUAAGCUCUUUCUCCAUGCUUGUCAGCAUAGAUUCAAUUAUCUAAACAUUUAUAAUACGAUAUUACAUGUAUACAGAGGUGAUAUUUGCAUAUAGAGGCAGCAGUAUAUUGUGAUCCUUCAUUUCGAAGCAGCCAUUCUUGUUUAAACGUUUUCGAGGCGUUUGUGCUUUUUUGUUGCCCAUUUUUUUUGGACUUGGGCUCUAAACCGUAAUUGCACACAGAAUUUAGAGCCAUCAUCGGCCCGGCCUAUCCUGCUCCCUCUCUUUGUUUGGGAUAGACAUCACUGUGGUAAUGGAAGAUUACACACACACACACACACACACACACACACACACACACACACACGCACACACACACACACACAGGUACACUGGACGUUUUUCCAGUGUUGAUGUUGCUGAGACUUUCAGCAAAAUAUUGUGGAGAAACCAACCAAGCUGAAGUGCAGAUUCAUCUCCGUGAGAGUGCGGCUGAAAUGCAUUUGUGCAACCCCUUAUUAAAAGGUGAAACAUUAGUUCCGUCGUGUCUCAUUUUGUGCAGGCUUUUUUUCCCCCCCGCUUCUUUAUUUAAACUGUUACUUGACAGCCGAAAAGCCCUAAAAUGUUCCGUAUUCUCAUUCAUUUUAUUCUUAUUUUAUUUAUUUAUCUCAGCUCUUUUGUGUGUUCCUCUGCAUUAGAGAGGGAAACAGCUUUAUUAAUUUGCAUGUGGGACGCCAUGCAUUCGGAAAUGAUUUUCCUCCUCCUUAUUUUGCGUGGUUCUAAUUCCAAUAAGUCUGUGUAAUCUUCUCCAACACCCUGAGAGAAGAAAUUCGUCUCUCCACUGUUACUUUUUCUUUUCUUUUCUUUUCUCUCUAACUGCUUUCGUGUCCACGGGGUUGAUUGAAAAGUGAAAAAUGUAUCAGUGUGCACAUAAACUCUGUUAGCGGUCCAUUCCCCCCCCCACAAGGCACUGAAAUAAUUCAAGUCAUUUGCAAUAAACAGCACAACCAAACAAAUAAUGUUCAUAUUGUACUCUAAACAUGCUAAUUUAUCAGCUCUUGUUUUACAGGCAUCAAGGUGGUCCGUAGAGGUGUACCUGAUACUGUUAAAAAAAAUAAAAUAAAAUGAAAAAACAUACCGACCGUCAGAUUUUCACCCCUACAGCUCAGGUCCGGCUGUGAAGCAGAUUAAGUUGGGCUUGUCAGGAGUCUUUAGUCCCCCCUUAAGGCCAAAUUGGUCCCAGUCUCCGGUUUCUGCAAACGAGCAUGUCACAACAUAUUUGGUUCACGAAGGGCAAAACACUGUGUCCCCUCUUUCCCCGGUGUUAACACACGAAGAAGAAGAAGUGGCUGUUUUUCUUUUCGAUCAGGAACACCGACCCGAACCAGGGGAGCAAAGAAAAACAGGUGUGUGAUGACAUUCACUUUCCUGUCUUUGAAACUGCUUGUGUUUAUUUGAAAGAAGAAAUAAUAAAAAGUAUGAGUCAGUCGUGUGAUGUCACCCCAUGCAGACAGGAAGAAUUAAACUGUGAUAUUACAUAACUGAUUGUUCUGAACCUUUAUGUAACUAAGCAGUUCACACUCUAUCAGUUCCUCUCUGUUCAUUGAAAACAUUUCCCCCCCUUCAUUUCAUAUUUUAGUUACAGACCUCUGUGUGUGUUUGUCUGUGUAUACAGUGCCUUGCAAAAAUAAUUCAUGGCUCUUAAAUUUUGUCACAUGAAACUGCAAUACCUUUUACUGGGAUUUUAUCUGAUAGAGCGAGUUGAAGUUGAACUGGGGAUCUGCCAAAUUUUUUACGAAAAAUCAUCCAUAGUUUUGGCCUCUAUUCAAUAACUACGUCUGUUUAUUUUUGUUUAUUUAGGCAUGUCAAAGUAAGGGCGGUUAAAGGAAAAUGGUUUUCAGAUAUUUAAUUACACAUUUUGGCUGUGGGUACUAAUUGGGUAAGCCAUUUUCAUUUAGGCGUAUCAAAGGAAACGUGGUUGAAUGCAGCCUACUUUAAAGAAUUUUCUUUUUUAGAAGUAAAGAUCUGAAAUUUUGACAUAAUUGCUUUGAGCCACAUCUACUCUGACACCCCUAAAUAAAAUAAUUUGUCUUUGUUUUCCAGAGAUGGGAUCAAAUUGCACUCUGGGGAUGCUACUGGUUUUUGUUUGAAAUUAAGUGGUUGUGUUAUUUUUCUUUAGGGGUAUCAAAGAAAAGGGGUCUGAAUUCAAAUUCAUACCACAUUUAUUUAUUUAUUUAUUUUAAACUAUAUAUAAGUUUCCUUCCACUUUGACAAUUAUACCCUGCUUUGUGUCAAUUUACCACAUAAAACCCCAAAAUGUGUUAGAGUUUAAGGGGUUGGACUACUUUUCAAUGUGCUGUAUGUGUACUAUCUCUUGAUACUGCUUCAUAUUGAUGCACACCAAGUUUUCUACUCAAUUGUGUACAGUUCUGUUUAAUAUUCCUGCUGCCCAUCUUCACCCGCUGUCAUUGCUGAGGUAUUUCCUCAGUGUUGCAUAAGGGGUUGCAACACAAUGUAUUUCCCAAAGCGAGACAAAGUCGCCGAAAACCACUGAGACUGCAUAACUUGACCACAGUAACCAUGGCUGGCGGAAGUGCAACAUACGAGUAGUGACCACUUGUGUGCGUAAUCAUGCGCAGAACAUUGCUCCUGGCCAUUGUUUUCUCUUUUCUUGGCCAUUUUCUUUGAAAUAAUGCCAAAAUUUUUACAGCAGAAAACCCACACAAAAUCAGCUAAUUGUACAGGUUCUGUAUAUACCAAAUACCGGGGGGAAAGUAUUUACCUUCACCUUUUUUUGUAUUCAAAAUGAUUGACGUAUUCUCAAUAGCAAAUUUAACCAUGUCAUGACAAAACUGCAAAAAAGAAAAAAAAAACAUCAUUAAGGUACUUCUAAUAAGGAUAAUGCCGAUAUCUACCAUUAUAAGUGCUGAAAUAAGACUAUUCUUUCUCUUUGUACAUGAUGAACAAAAUGAAGUGUUGAGUAUUAAUAAUAAAAAGUAUAAGUUUCAGAUGGA